UCUUCAACUCCCCGGCCCAAAGCAAACCCACCACAGACUUCUAAAAAAGCAUUAAACAAAGUAAAACGAAAAACCCUAAACGCAAGGACCAGGGUGUCGUCGAUUCAUCCAAUUUGCAGCUGUUUCCUCUCCUUCAAAGUCCAGAGAUUUUAUUGGAGGUCUUGUAGUUUCAUCUUUCGGGCUGCGCAUUGAUUGGAAUUCCGAGGUCCUUGUUAGGUUCCGGGUCCUACGUCUUUCGCGAGUCGGCAGCUUUCAUGAACCAGCAUUUUGUUGUGAACAGUGCUAUAGUAUUCAAGCUUCGGUCGAUCUCAGCUCUCUUGAAUAAAAGGAGGGAUUUCAUAUUAGUUAUGCGAGUUAGAAUUUACAUUUCAUUCAUUCCAUGAAGUGUAGAGAUUGGAAGCAAAUAUCGGACACACAAUCUGAGAGACCUAGCAGAAUACCUGGAUGUAAACGGGCAAGGAUUGUGAUUGAGAACAUAUGGGAAGAUAGAGCAGAGCCCAGUGAUGGCGUGGGGCUGCAGAUGACUCUCUUAUUCUUCUCUAGCCGUACCUACAGGUUUCGAGCCUCCAAUUUCUCCAUUGCCCAGUUUUAUAGCCUUGCAGACGGAGUAUCACGCGCUCGACCUUUUUGUGAUAGAGAGGUAUUACGAAACCCGGAGACUUGGCUAGUGAAGGUUGUCUGCACUCUCUUUUUUCGAUCGAUUUCCCUGAAUGCUUGUUUUGGUUAUCUAAGUAGAAACUUGAACCCUUCAAUCGCUUUCGAGGUUAUUAAGCGGUUUAGAGAUCCCUUACUGGGUUUGAAGUUUUUUGAGUUUAGUAGAACCCACCUGAGCAUUAAACAUACUUUUAAUACUUAUGAUUUGCUUGUGAGGAAUCUCUGUCAAAUGGGUCUCAACGAUUCUGCAAAAAUUGUGUUUGAUUGCAUGAGGAGUGAUGGGAUUUUGCCGGAUAGUUCCAUUGUAGAACUCAUGGUGUCUUCAUACGCUCAAAUGGGAAAGUUAGAUUCUGCCAAAAAUUUUCUUAAUGAGGUUCACCGUUAUGGUAUUAAAGUUAGUCCUUUUGUAUACAAUAACUUGUUGAAUAUGUUGGUCAAGCAGAACCUAGUAGAUGAAGCUGUCUUACUAUUCAGGGAGCACUUGGAACCAUAUCUUGUUCCAGAUGUUUACAGCUUCAAUAUUCUAAUUAGAGGAUUGUGCAGAAUUGGAAAAAUUGAUAAGGCUUUUGAGUUUUUCCAAAAUAUGGGAAAUUUUGGUUGCUUUCCUGACAUUGUUUCAUAUAAUACGCUUAUAAAUGGGUUUUGUAGGGUUAAUGAGAUUAGUAAAGGGCAUGAUUUGCUAAAAGAAGUUCUGUCAAUAAAAGGGGUUUCACCAGAUGUUGUAACCUACACAUCACUUAUAUCAGGCUAUUGCAAAUUGGGUGAUAUGAAGGCAGCUUCUGACCUUUUUGACGAGAUGGUUAGUUCUGGAAUCAAACCCAACGACUUCACUUUCAAUGUCCUCAUUGAUGGUUUUGGUAAGGUUGGAAACAUGAGAUCUGCUUUAGUCAUGUAUGAGAAAAUGCUUCUUCUUGGCUGUCCACCAGACGUGGUUACAGUCACUUCCUUGAUCGAUGGCUAUUGUCGGGCAGGUGAAGUGAAUCAAGGUUUGAAGCUCUGGGAGGAGAUGAAAGUAAGAAACCUGUCUCCAAAUGUGUAUACUUAUGCUGUUCUCAUCAAUGCUCUCUGUAAGGAAAAUAGAAUACAGGAGGCGAGAAGUUUUCUGAGGCACUUGAAAGUGAGUGAGGUUGUUCCCAAACCAUUUAUUUAUAAUCCUGUGAUUGAUGGGUUUUGCAAGGCUGGAAAGGUGGAUGAAGCAAAUGUUAUAGUUGCUGAGAUGCAGGAGAAGAAAUGCAGGCCAGAUAAAAUAACAUUUACCAUUCUCAUUAUUGGCAACUGUAUGAAAGGGAGGAUGGUGGAAGCAAUUAGCACUUUUUAUAAGAUGUUGGAAGUCAACUGUAUUCCAGAUGAAAUAACUAUUAAUUCUUUGAUAUCUUGCCUUCUGAAGGCUGGAAUGCCUAAUGAAGCCUCUCAAAUCAAACAAGCUGCUGUAGAGAACCUGAACUUGGGUUUGUUAUCGUUAGGAAGCCCACUUACAAAAAAAUCUUCAUGUGUGCCAGUUGCUGUUUGAUGAGGUCCAUUGUGGAAGUGGACUGAGAAUUUUUGGCCUGCAACAACUGGGAAAUGUGCUCCUGUUCCGUGCCAUAUCACAAAGUAAGCGAGUGAAGGAUGAGACAAGUUGACUACUAAUAGACGGUUAGGACAUUUACACCGACUCUAGUUUCUUAAGGCUGAAUGGCACCAAUGGUAGUACUACCAACUGUGCAUGUUCAACUUAGGAUGCUUUUUUUCCCCUCCUUUCUGUGUAUGUGGGUGCGGGGUGGGGUGGGGUGGGGUGGGGAUAGAAACGUCCUCCCGAAAUUUUUUAUCAAUAUUUCAUAGAUUUUUUAGUGUUCGAGUUCUCAUUCUAAAAGGGUUUAAAGCUCUCUGUCUGAAUCCAAUGACAAUGGUCGCCAUAUGAUUUCUUUGAACAUGCUGAUCAUAGGCAAAACUUGGAAUUCUGAAUGAAAAAUAAUCGAAGAGAGGUGCGCUGAAGCCGAUAAGGCAUUAUUCUUCGGCGGAUUUGCGCUUGUUCUCACACGGGAUUAUUUUUAUCAUUGUUGGUGAUUCUGGCAAAGUUUAGUAGGUUAGUUACUUGAAGAAAUGCAGAUGACCUUAGACCAUCUUGUGGUUUAAGAGAGAGGAAAUCAGCGUUGGGAUAGGCAUAGGUUUUUGGUCAUUUCCUUUCGCCUUUAAUAAUUAUAUAAAAUAAAUGUAAGGAUUAUUAUAUAUCUCGAGUUGACUUGAUUCAGCUUGACCGGAAUACUCUUAUUUUAUGUAAACCUGAAUUAUAUA